GUAAAAUCAAGAGAACUGUUGACAGAGAAUGUGGCUGACAAGAGAAUCAGUUAGUGCCAAAAAGAAUAGCUUGAAUGCUGCCUGUAUACAAGCUGCUGUGAUUGCGACUUUCUUCAUAACUGCCUGUUCACUUGAAAAUAGAGUUCAUGCUGCACGUAUAACCACUGUCUUGGGAGAUAAGAUCACUUUAAACUGCUCUACUAAUCAGCUGUCUGAAGAAAUUACAAUGGUCAAAUGGAGUCGAUCAAUAGGAACAGUAUCCAAAGACAUCAUAGCCUACAGUGCCAUUCACAGACUGCAUAACUUCCUCAAAGAUGACAGACUAUCACUUUCAUCUUCUGAUGGAACAGGUCUCCAGAUACAGCCAGUAAACCUUACCGAUGAAGGAAAUUACACAUGUGAAAUUUCAGCUGCUGGGGGAGUUUUUCGAGACCAUAUUUCCUUGUUCAUAAUAGUCCCGCCAGUUAUCAUGUUGAACGUCAGUAUUCUACCAAAUGGCCACAAGAAGUUUCAAUGCAUUGCUUCGAAGGGUAAACCAGCAGCAACUAUUGCCUGGAAAGAGAAUACUGUUGGAAAUUCCACAUACAUUUUGAUUAAUAAUGAUGAUGGUACUGUGACUGUGGAAAGCCAGUUCAUUACAGCUAUCAAUUUCACUAAGGAAGAGCAAGUCUGCAUCAUAAACCACCCAGCAUUUAAUGAAAUGCAGAACCACACCAUUUCUAUCGACAUUGAUACCAAGGACGAUACCAGGUUGAUUUCUCUACAAUUACUUUUCACUUUAAUCACAUGUGUAUCAGCCAUUGCUCUUGGGAUGGUUAUGCUGAUGAUAUGCAUGAUCAAGAAAAAAAGAGCAGCACCAGCAAGGAUCACUGAUAACACCCAGAUGAUAAAUCUCUCUGGUCGACAUUCAGGGAGAAGAAAACAACAUCGAACAAUUAAAGAUCCAAUUUAUCAGAAUACAUAUCACAUGAAAAGAUACCAACAAUGCCUUUAAAUCUAAGAGCCAAAGGAGUUUAAAAUUAACAAAUUUGAAUCAAUUAUGUAAGAUUUUUAAACAUGGGAAAAUAAGAGAAGUGAAGUUAUGGAGAAAACAGUUAUCAUUUCAGCUCAAUGACCUUUCAUCAAAACCUUUUAACUCUUAUGAUGAUAGGUCAUUGACCUCUCCACCAAUGCUGCCUAAUUGCUGAGCAUGUGAAGCAUUUUUGUCUUUCAAAUUUCCAGUUUCUGCUGUAUUUUUAUUUAGUAUUUAGAUAUUUUUAGCAUUUGGUGUUCAAUAGUAAGUAGAUGUAAAAUUGGAAGCACGGAAUCUCCUCUAAAUUAUGAUCUACCCAAGAAUUUAAGUAAAAUGGCUUUGUAUAGAGUAUCACCAUUUACUGGCACAUAUCUAGACACAAAUUAUUGUGAGAUGUAAAACCACCAUUCAGCAUUAAGAUUUUCAGAUGUAUGAUCUGCCAACAAAAAGAAAGGAUCGGGAUGGUGUGAGUUAAUCCCCAAGCAGUUUUCCCUCAUUUCUGCCUCAAACUCAUCUCAAGUUACUACAGAUUGAAACUCUCCAGUCUAGCAUCCUGUGAUCCGGCAAAUCCCAUGGUGCGACAUGUUUGGAAUUUGUCGUACAGAUCUGUACUAAUUAACUAAUUCUAACUAAGAUCUAAAAUUAACUAAGAUCUGUACAAAUCUGUAGCUAAUUAACCUACCCAUGCAACUUUUGCAAUCUCAGUUGACAACAAUCUCAGCUAACAGCUUUUCUGACCUAAACUUCAGGUUAUGGACAGUUCUUGGAAUCCUUAUGUAACCUGGGGAGUGUCUAUACUUAAAAGGAGCAGUUCUGCUUAGAAGAGGAUGAUCAGGGGGCAAUUUCUGUGGUCCAGUAUUUUCUGUGGUUCUGCUCCAAGCAGAUCCCAAGUGUAGCCGGACUAGAGUUUCAACCUGUACUAUCACCCUAAUCCAGCACACUUAUCUCUGGGAUAGAUUCAAUCUCAGGGAGUCCAUUAACUUUCUGCCAUUGAAACUUGACAGAGGUUCAUUUAAAACUUCUGCUGCCAUCUUUACUCAGCUUUGCUCAAGGAUUGAUUUUCGCUAUACAGAUAGAAUGAGGCUCUUUUAUUCACAGGAAAUGGAUGCAGAAAACUUCUCAAAUUCUGACUUUAGGUGCCUGGAUGAAUUUGGCAAUGCCAAAUAAUAUUGAAAAGUCCAUUGAAAGCUUUGUGAAUGAUUGUAGUCUGCUGUACUCUCUGUAACUUUACAACAAUGAAAGACUUAUUUCCACCUGAAGCUGAAGGCACUGCUGAUGAAGAGGGGAGUCGAAGGAUCUCCCUUCCCCAUUCCAAGACAAGACAUAAUGGGAGGUAAAGAUAUGGAUCCAGGCAGCUAGAGAACUCCAACAGAGAGGACAGAACUUAUACCUGAAACGUCAACUAUCCCUUUGCCACCACAGAUGCUGUUUGACCUGCUGAGUUCCUCCAGUGGUUUGUU